CACAUUACUUCCCCUUUAAUCAUAAAUAUGUUUGGAUGCAGAAAAAAGUGUAGAGGAUUAAUAAUUAUCGAACAUGACUAGAUUAAGAAAGUUUGAGAUUGCGUUAAGUAAUCAUCAAGUGGUAUAUUUUCCAGGACAAUGUGUUCAAGGACACCUUAUCGUAGAAUUAGAAGAGGAAAUGGAAAUGAGAGGGUUAUAUUUAGACUGUCAAGGGAAAGGGCAAGUAAUGUGGAAGGCCGGGAAACACCAUGUUGUUGCGACGGAGGACUACCUGAAUGUUGUUUUAAAAUUAUUUGGCAAUGAUCAAGGAGUUGGCGGCAAUGUUAAAUUGAACGCUGGCAACCAUGCGUUUCCAUUUCAGAUCUUACUUCCGGUUAAUGCACCAGGAUCUUUCGAGGGAUUAGAAAACUGUUAUGUUCGAUACUUUCUUAAAGCAACAAUUGACAGACCAUGGAAGUUUGAUAAACAUUAUAAAAUGUUGUUUACGGUUGCUUCGGUGCUUGACUUAAACACUGUAGUAAAUGCCGGUACACCAGCCCAAACAAAUGACGCAAAGACUGUGUGUUGUAUGUGUUGUGAAAGCGAUCCUGUGUCUGCAAAUUUUCGCAUAGAUAAAAUCGGAUACGUUCCUGGGGAAUGUAUUGUAUUUGAUGCGGAAAUACAGGAUGGAACGGGACGCGGAAUAAAUUCAUCAAUUGUCAAAUUAGUUAUGCUGACGGUUUAUCAAACUCCUCAUGGGGCUAGGAGAGAAAUCAAGAGAGAAAUAGGGCGUUUACAUCAUGGGACUGUAACCCCAGGAGGAACAGAUGUCUGGAGGCGAGAGAAGCUUCGAGUUCCCCCUUGUCCGCCAUCAUUUUUACCAAAUUGUAACAUUAUUGAGAUCCAUUAUGUUAUUGAGCUAGUGGUUGAUGUUGCCGACACUCCGUUCGACCUUCACCUUCCUGUAUCUGUAGUAAUAGGAACCAUACCGUUACACUCUGUGGUUCAACAGUACUUGCCGCAAAGUCAGCCAGGAACUGUUACAGAACAACCUCAGGCGUCUGGUGCAUCAGGAUUCUCUCCGUCUAUAAACGCUGACUUACCUCCGCCGACCUAUAAAGAAUGUGUUCUAGGAAGGGUAGACACAAUGGACGCAGAUGAACAAUAUGCUGCUGGAGAGAAGAACUUUGCACCUUCGUAUACGUAUUAUGAUUACCUGUAAAUAGAUGAAAUUGAUAUAUUUAUACUUUUAUAUUGGAAGUGUAUGACUUAAGCCAAUACGUAAAGGAGCAGGGAAAUCUCAUUGCUGAAAAACAAAAACCUGGAUGUAGGCAAAUGAUUUUAGUUUUAAUGUUGUUGUUUUUCAAUUAUUGUACAAAUAUUAUUCAAAAGUAAAUGAGUGCUAUUAUAAGACGUUUAUACUGAGAAUCUCUCGUACGGUAUGAUAUUAUUGAAAUUAUCCCCAUUUAUUACCUUUAUUUUGUCGUUGAGUGCAAUAAAAAAAAACACUAGAUGGUCAUUUUCUGUCAGUCCAAGCAAAAUGAUCUCUUUGUAGAAGAAACACGAGUAAAAUUAAAUACGAGUCACUUACAAUGUAACCAUUUUCACAGUGUCACGUGAUCGAAAAUUAAUUUGAGCCUUCUUUUGCGUCUUCCUUAAUUUGGCAGUAAGUACAAUUAUAAUGAUUAAGUAAUUUGUAGAGAAGUCAAGAUACCGUUUUGUUUGAAUUUUGCUAAAAUUCUUAUCACAAAAUAUCUAACAUUCAGUGCUAUUUUCUUACGGUUAUAAGCAUUUUACAUCUUAAAACAUUAUACAAUGUAGAAAGAAAACAUACAGUCAUUUCCGCGGCUUUAAUGUGCCUUUAAAAGUCAGUUGGUCAGUUUUUGAUCAUAAUUUACAGAAUUGACCCUCUACCUAUAUGGUUUAAAAAUAUCUAAUUGGACGAAGGACAUGGCCGUUAGGUGAAAAACCUUGAUACUGUUUAAUUGAUUUCGAUAUAAUUUCACAGAUAGGUUUUACAUGGUUUAAAUUGGAAUACAAAUGUGACCGCUAUGGGCGUGGUCAUGCAUAUAUGGCUGGAACAGUCUUUAAUUUACGGUAUACUGUUUAUAAAAGUUAAUUAUUGGAUUUGUUAAUUAUCCUUGUUAUACCUAUAAUCUGUAUAAUUAAUAUAUGAGCCGUGUCAUGACAACACCAACAUAAUGGGUUUGCGACCAGCAUGGAUCCAGACCAGCCUGCGCAUCCGCGCAGUCUGAUCAGAAUCCAUGCUGUUCGCUAUCAGUUUCUUUAUUUGUAAUAGGGUUUGUAAGCGAACAGCAUGGAUCCUGAUCAGACUGCGCAGAUGCGCAGGCUGGUCUGUUUCCAUGCUGGUCGCAAACCCAUUAUGUUGGUUUUGUCAUGACACGGCUCAUAUAUCGCUGAAUACUUAACUGGUGUUAAUUGUUCGUUAGCAACAUCUUUUCGGGUCAUUCGACGAUCUCUUAAUUGUGCAUAUGUUUUAAAUUUUUAUGAUGCAAAUUGUACACGGAUAUAUAAUUAUGUGGUGAAACACUUUUGAACAAAAGUGUUAUUUUUAAAAAGACAAAAUACAUCACCCUGUCAGGAAACAUUGACUAUCUUUGUGCAGAACACGCUAUAACUGCUUUCAUGGGGGCAUUUAUAUACAUGUACAUGCAUAUAUAUUUAACUUCAUGUAUACUGUAUACAUAUAAUAUAUAUAUAAAUUAUUCUGCUGAUUAAGUUAUAAACGCACAUGUUAUAUAUAGUCAAUGUGUAUUUUAAUGUUGUUCAUAUUUGGUACAAUAAAUACAUUAGUGUCUGUAAAAUGUUUUCUUUCAUUAGUUUUGUUUCGUAUGUUAUCUGUAAUGUCUAGAGCAAACUGAACAAUCAUUCCUGUACAUUAGAGACAUGGGACUUAACUCGUUGCAUUAAAAUAUAUGGCCUUAGUCGAACAAACUUUUUUGUGUGCGUUGAAAAAGGCGACAUAUAGGGGUUACUUUUGUCGGCGGCGUCGGCGACAACGUCGUCGUCCCCUUAGGCUUGUACGGAGUAUAACUCAGUCACUCAGUCGAAUUGACCCCAAACUUGGUAUGCAUGCUCCUUUUAAUAACCUGAAGUGCAGUGCACAAUAAUCUUUACUUUGCAGUUCUUCAUUUUUGAGUUAUUGCCCUUUGUUAAUUUUCAUACUUUAUUUUUGUCCAGGCCAUUUCUUCUAAACUAUAAAAGCUAUGGACUUAAAACUUCAUAGGGUUAUAGAUCUUAUUAAAAAAGAAGUGCAGUGUACAAGAACCGGUACUCUGCAUUUCUUAUUUUUUGAGUUAUUUCCCUUUGUUUAUUUUCAUUUUUCAUUUUUGUCCGGGCCAUUUCUCCUAAAUUAUAAAAGCAAUGGACAUGAGACUUCAUAGGCUGAUUGAUCUCUUUGAGAUGUAGUGCAGUGCGUAAAACCUAUACUCCAUGAUUUGUGAGUAAUUGCCCUUUGUUAAUUUUCUUACUUUAUUUUUGUCCGGUUAUUUUUGUCCGGUCAUUUCACUUAAACUAUAAAAGCUAUGGACUUGAAUCUUCAUAGUAUGUUAGAUCUUAUAUAGAAGAAGUGCAGUGCGCAAGAACCGGUACUCUAUACUUCAUGAUUUAAGAGUUAUUGCCCUUUGUUAAUUAUAAUACUUUAUUUUUGUCCGGACCAAUUAUCCUAAACUUUAAAAGCUAUUGACUUGAACCUUCAUAGGAUGAUGGAUCUUAUUGAGAAAAAGUGCAGUGCACAAAUACUAGUCUCUCUACUUCAUGAUAUUUCAAUUAUUGCCAUUUGUUAAUUUUCUUACUACUUAGGCUUGUCCAGGGCAUAACUUUGUCACUAUAAGUUUGAUUGACUCCAAAUUUGGUAUGAAAGCUUUUUUCAUUGCCUGAAGUGCAGUGCUUAAGAAUCCAUCACAGAGUCCUCCAUUUGAUCUGUCAGUGUAAAACUUCUCCAUGGUAUUUUUAUUUUUGAUAAUAACAAAUAUAACAGUUUUAUUAAUCCUGAUUUGACAUUGUUACAAUCAGUUCAAAUGUCAAGUUAAAGGUACAUGUACAUUGUAAGAGUGGUGUUUAUAAAUAACCUAUAUUUAAGAAGAAAAUGCCUUGGUGACAGAUAUACUGUUCACAAGGCGACACAUCCGACUCGCGGAGUUCUAGCUUUGCCAUAUGAGUGCAACUUUUAGUUGUAAGAAAAGGGUAUUUAUAAAUGCCAUGCAUUUGUCAGCUCAAAGUAAUAACUUCCAUUUUUUUGGUUAUCUAAAAUUUUGUUCUUUUGAACAUAAUUUGUAAAUAAAUAGUAUUGCAAAUCGUCUUGGUCAACUUUGAAAGAAACUAUGCCUAUCAUAUUGAUAAUUUUCCAUUUUGCUUCCUAUUCCAUUUAUAUAUAUGUUUAUAAUAUCUCCACUAUUAUAACUAUUACAAAAUUUCGUUUGUAUUAUGCUUUACCAGAGAUAUACAUGUUAUAUAUACAAUAAAUUGUAUGUACAUGUAUACAAAUUAAUGUUAUAUGAAAUAUAUGUUACGUUUAAUAUAUUUGAGCCGUGUCACGACAAAACCAACAUAAUGAGUUUGCGACCAGCAUGGAUCCAGACCAGCCUGCGCAUCCGCGCAGUCUGAUCAGGAUCCAUGCUGUUCGCUUACAGACCCUAUAACAAGUAUAGAAACUGAUAGCGAACAGCAUAGAUCCUAUUCAGACUGCGCGGAUGCGCAGGCUGGUCUGGAUCCAUGCUUGUCGCAAACCCAUUAUGUUGGUUUUGUCGUGACGCGGCUCAUUUUUCAAAGUUAUUAUUCUCUCUUUAAAAUAGAUUAUUUUUCAUCAAACUGUUCGAAUAUAAGUUUUCAUGAUUAAAAUAUGUCAUAGCUCUCA